AUGCCAGAAUUCCAUUAUUAUCGAACCUUGUGGUGGGAAAAAGGCGACUUCAAUCCAAAAGCAAAAUGGGAAGAGGCAACACUUCCGUACAAACUUGCAGCUGGUGUAAGCUUAGAAGAAUAUGAAGAGCGUUCGGAUAACCACACGAAGUUUUUACGUAUUGCUGCAAUCUCUCGAGUAUUCCUCAGGCAAUGCGAUCCUGUGUUUUCAACUGAUGGUGAUAUCAUAGGUCUUGGUGCAAUUCGAACUCGCGCCGACGAUUCUGAGAAAGAAGGAGAUGCAUGUUUUCGCCCUAAAAAACCACGAGUGCAACAACCAAAUGGAAGUGAUGGAGAGAAUGAGCCCUGGCCUAAUCUCGUGAUCGAAGUGGCGUAUUCUGAGAGUGAAUCACAUGUUCUUGAAAAAGUGAAAGAUUUCUGGCUACGCAAUUGGAGUCGUGCCCACGACACAAUCGUGGUUAAGAUCGAUAAACCUUUUGAAGCAAAGAAAGCUCCUUUACGGAUGCAAGCAUGGCACUUUUGUGCCAGGGACAGACCAAGAAGAACAGCAGAUAUCCAGCCUCGGACUUAUUUUGAAUUCGGUACCCAUGACAAAUAUGGGAACCCGACAAAUAUUGAACAAGGCCAAUGUGUCAUCAAUAUUUCUCUGGAUUGUUUGUAUGACAAUGCAUAUCCUGAAGCUAUAAUUCACCGACAACUUCUCCCUGAUCCAAUUGUACUGGAUUUCUUGAUAAUUCGGAACCAAUUCAUUCUUGCGUAUGAAUAA